UAUUCUUAUAAUUUUUUUCUUUUUCUGUAUACCUAAAGUUGCUGUUCUGCUUGGAUUGCUCUACAGCAUUCUGUUAAAAAAGUUACCUAUGACUUCCCUCUGUAUUUAAAAGUCUAGUUUGGUUUUGGUAACUUGAUUUUUAAAAUGCCUAUUAGCAUCUUGCUCAACUUGUGAUUUCAGCAGUGUUAGUCAUUGGUUUGAAUUCUCAGGACAGGCAAACAGGUGUAUCUGGUAGGAUGAGCAGGAGUGGAAAAGCUCGCUCUUAAAUACAGCAGGGAAAACUUAGUUAACAUCUGUGUGAUGAUCCAUACAGCCGUUGACAAACAUCUUCAGGCUCUUUCUCCUGAGGUUAAAACCAACAAAACUGCCCAGCCAAACUGUGUCUCCUAAUUAGCUUGGGAUUUGUUAAUCUUUGUAGUUGGUGGUCACAUUAACUGUAUCAGCUUGUAGCCAUCCUGGCCAGCUGGGCGAGUGUCCGGCUGGAGUGAGAUUAGACCCUGUAGGUUCUGUGAUAGCAGGUUCCCUGCUCACCCCGCGGGUCCCCUCUGCAGGGAUGGGUGUGGGCUCUGAGGCCCGGCUUCAGCUCUGCUGCUCUCAGAGUUUUGCUGUUCUGGAGUGAUAAUUUUGACAGCGGCUAUUUGCUCUAAUGGAAGCUGGGGAGGGAAGAGGAAGGAAGCAAAUAAAGAAGGAGAUGUUGGCUCGGGAAUGCCUGAGCUGUGUUUCUGUGUGUGAAACUACUUGGGACGGGGACAGAAAAGGAGCGAAAGCCCUCAAAUGUUUGAUUUGUACUCAGCAGCCCCUCUUUACAAUGGAGAGCUCACAUUUUAGCCAUAGGUUGGCAGGUGUGUGCAAAGGGUGGCUUCUGAAACCUCUGGUAAUGUGCCUGAUCUCGACCCUGACCUGGUCCUGAAAUAUAUUCAGCCUUAAGUCUGUUUAUUGCGCAUGUGAAUUUAGUGCCUCUUACAUUCUUUAAAUAGUUGAUCUGUAUCAAGUAUGCUUCAUCCCAGGGCUUAACUGGAGUUGCUUGUCUGCAGUUGCUUCUUCCUGGCACUGGGUACAGGUACCAAAAUGAGAGCAGGAUGACUCUCUUGCAGGCGUGUUUUUUUUGCUGAUUUUAAUGUUUUCUGUGCCUGGUUAGGAAAUUAUGAGGAGAGUGGGGAAAUUCUUGGCGUGUAAGAGACAAGAAAAGUGCAGACUGCACGAGCUUCUUGGAGAAGAAGAGGCUGGGGCAUCUUCAUGUUGAACAUGAGCCUUGUUAUGAUCAUUGAGAAUGUGAAGCUGGCCCGUGAAUAUGCCUUACUGGGAAAUUAUGACUCUGCAAUGGUCUACUACCAGGGAGUUCUUGACCAAAUGAAUAAGUACCUGUACUCUGUGAGAGAUACCUAUCUGCAACAGAAAUGGCAGCAGGUUUGGCAGGAGAUAAGUGUGGAAGCUAAGCAUGUGAAAGAUAUAAUGAAAACACUGGAGAGUUUUAAACUAGACAAUACUCCAUUGAAAGCCUCACAACAAGAAUUACCAGCUCACGAUGCAGAAGUCUGGUCUUUGCCAGUACCUGCUGAACGUAGACCUUCGCCAGGACCCAGGAAGCGUCAGUCUGCUCCGUGCAGUGAUUGCAGAGGUCACAGCAAUCGUGUGAGUGCAGCUGUCAGAGGCUCUCACCGUCCGUCCUCUCGGAACCCCAGUGAUAAAGGGAAGGCAGUCCGCAGCCGGGAAAAAAAGGAUCAGCAAAACAAAGGAAAAGAAGAAAAGAACAAAUCCACAUCUGAGAUUUCAGAGUCUGAACCAAAGAAAUUUGAUAGUACUGGAUAUGACAAAGAUUUAGUAGAAGCUUUGGAAAGAGAUAUAAUUUCUCAGAAUCCCAACAUCCGAUGGGAUGACAUUGCUGAUUUAGUAGAAGCCAAAAAGCUGCUUAAGGAAGCUGUAGUUUUACCAAUGUGGAUGCCAGAGUUCUUCAAGGGGAUUAGAAGACCGUGGAAGGGUGUGCUGAUGGUUGGUCCUCCUGGUACUGGAAAGACCCUCCUAGCAAAAGCUGUAGCCACUGAAUGCAAGACAACUUUUUUCAAUGUUUCUUCUUCCACACUUACCUCAAAAUACAGAGGAGAAUCUGAGAAACUUGUUCGUCUGCUGUUUGAAAUGGCUCGAUUUUAUGCCCCAACAACCAUAUUUAUUGAUGAGAUAGACUCUAUCUGUAGCCGCAGGGGAACUUCGGAGGAGCAUGAGGCCAGCCGACGUGUGAAGGCAGAACUGCUAGUUCAGAUGGAUGGUGUUGGGGGGGCUACUGAAAAUGAUGAUCCUUCUAAGAUGGUCAUGGUACUUGCUGCUACUAAUUUUCCUUGGGAUAUUGAUGAAGCCCUAAGACGGAGACUAGAAAAGAGAAUUUACAUUCCUUUACCAUCAGCCAAAGGUAGAGAAGAACUCCUCAAAAUAAAUCUGCGAGAGCUGGAACUGGCUGAUGAUGUUGACCUUGCAAACAUAGCUGAGAAAAUGGAGGGUUAUUCAGGUGCAGACAUUACCAAUGUAUGCAGAGAUGCAUCAUUGAUGGCUAUGAGGAGGCGUAUCGAAGGCUUGACACCAGAAGAAAUCAGAAAUCUUCCCCGAGAUGAAAUGCACAUGCCAACAACUAUGGAAGACUUUGAAAUAGCUUUGAAGAAAGUUUCUAAAUCUGUUUCUGCUGCGGACAUUGAGAAAUACGAGAAAUGGAUAGUUGAGUUUGGAUCAUGUUGAGUUGUGUUCUCUCGAAGAAACCACCUUAUGUCUUAAAACAGCUUUAGAAGUAAUUGGUGAUGUGUCAGUGCACUGCGUGCUCUUUUUAACUUUUGUAAUUUAAGAGCAACAGAUGUUGAAAUAAAUUUUUUUUCUAAAAUGCAA